UGUAAUUUUACUUAUUAUUAUCCCAAAAUAAUCCUGAAAAAGGAUAACACGCUUCCCUCUUGCAAAACCUCCCAAAACCCCCUUGGAUACCCCCUAUUCCGGUUCUUCCACAACACAACCAUGAAUUUCUUCAAUCCAAACUCCCGGAAAAACCAAACGCCACCACCAGCGCCACCGUCACAGCCACGACAACCGCCGCCGCUGGAAUUCCUCAGCCAGGCCUUCACCUCCUUCCAAUCCAACUUCUCCAAUUUCAUCCACGACUCACCCCUUAGCGCCCUCAAAAAUCCCCCAUGGGCUUCAACUUCGAACGCCAUAACUUCUUCCAACACAGCAAACCCAUCAUCCCCUUCUUCUUCUUCUGCCUUCCAAAAUAGAAGAACUAGUUUUGAUAACAAGAAUGGAAGUCUUCCUAUGAGUAUAAAGGAAAUAGAGGAGCGUUUGGCGGGUGUUCCUGUUUAUGCUCUGAGUAACUCCUCCGAGGAAUUUGUGCUGGUUUCGGGCUCGAAUUCUGGGAAAAAUCUUGGACUGUUUUGCUUUAAUGAAGCUGAUGCGCAGACCCUUCUUAAAGAAAUGAAGUCCGUCGACCCUUCCAUGGGAAAAGGCUCUCAAGUCGUUCCUGUGGCUCUUAACAAGGUAUUUCAGCUUAAAGUUGAUGGAGUGGCUUUUAGAUUGAUUCCAGAACCAUCCCAAGUAAAGCAUGCAAUAACGGAAAUGAAAAAAGAUGGUACAUCUGAGGAUAGCUUUUAUGGGGUUCCAGUAUUCCAGUCAAAAAGCUUGUUACUGAAGAGUCAAAACAAGAGAUAUCGCCCUGUCUUUUUCCGGAAGGAGGAUUUGGAAAAAUCCCUGGUUCGUGCCUCACAAAGCCAGCAUGUUUUAAAUCCGGCUUUUAGAGCUGGAAAUGUAAAGGUUGCUGUUCUUGAAGAUAUAAUACAAGAGAUGAAGGAUGGCUCACCGUCACAGUGGGAUGAUGUUGUUUUCAUUCCUCCUGGCUAUGAUGUUUCCACCGUUCAAUCCCGCAAAUAGGUGAGCUGCAAAAUCUAGUUAGAUGAUGAACAGGGGUGUGUUUCUGCAACAUGGAAGCAAUCGAGAUUUUCAUGAUACACAUUGCAUUGUAGAAAUAGAAAGUCACUGGUCGAGCGCUUUCACGCCACAAUCGAUCAUUAUAGUGGUUUGCAAGUUAGAUGCAAUAUGAAACUUUCAUUAGACAACUAAAGGUCUGGAACAAUUGGAAUGGGUAGCCAUGUAAAUAGUAAUGUAUCAGUUUAAUUGAGUUUGGCAACUUAUAAGAGGUGGCUAUUGUGAUAUCUUUUUGCACACUAAGUUGAUUUUACGUUUCCAUUUGGUGCAUUAUUUAUACUACAAAUGCUUCGCUCUGAUUCAUCAAUCCAAAACUGUACGAUAAACCUCCAUGCUUAUGCCGAGUCCUGCCCGCAGGGGCACGAAUCCAUGCAUUCCAGCAACCUUUGAUCUUCCACCCUCCAUCUCUUAUUGAACAUUCAGAUCAUAAACCUUGAUCCUGUUGUCCACGAACUUUGAUAAGGAUCCCUUAAAUUUAUGAUCCCCCUAAGAUGUUUUCAUGUUUUCUCAGUUAUCGUCAUAGACAUGCGCAUCUCUGUUACAUGCUAAGAGAUGAUGAUCCUAACUUUUUGCAUCUUCUUUUCCACCUUAUUUUGAUCC